ACGCAGCAAUGCACGAUGAAUGGGGCAAUGUUCCAACCCCAAAAGCAAAAAGAAAGAAGAUGAGGAAAUAAAGUUUGAGUUCUUCACUUUUUAUUAAAACAGUCAUAUCUCCUUCUUAGCUUUGUUAAUAUUUGAAACACGCCUUUAAGACCCAGUUUCCUCUAGUUUUAGGAGCAACAGCUGCCUGACAGAGACUAGUUAGCCUCAAAGCUAGCGGUCAAGCUAACGCUAUGAACAAGACAGUUUAGUUUUAGAAGAAAGGGGACAAAACCGACUGUUCACGGAUAUUUCUGGAGGCUAACUGGGCUCUGCACUGCUAGCAUCUCCUUCUCCGAGGAACACGAACGAGAUUUUUACGGUCUUCCACUCCACCAUGUCUUUUACUUGGGAGGUUGUUGCUGAUCGGUUUCUCGUUCACCAACAGAUAAACUCCAGUCCAAACGCUCUAGAGAUUAAAGUGGAACAGGAGGAACCGGAACCUGGACCAGUCAAAGAAGAACAGGUUGAACUCUGCGUCUCUCCGGAGGAAGAGCUGCUUGUAAUGAAGGUGGAGACUGACUCCGUCACAGUGACCCCUGCUGGUGACGACAUGAUAAAGGAGGAACCUGAACCUGCAAUGAUUAAAGAGGACGAAAAGCAGCUUGUAGUGAAACAAGAGACAGAGACCGUCAUGGUGGCUCCUGCCAGUAAACCAGAACCAAACCAAGACUUACUCCUCUCUGCAAGCGUUUAUGAAAAUGAGAGCCAACUUCAACGAGGAAGAAAUCAGAAAGACACAAAUGAAGUGAAAAAGCUGACGUCACGGAAGAAAAAGUCUUUUUCCUGUGAAAAAUGCGGUGAAAGUUUCACUCAGUUUCGAUACCUGACUGUUCACCUGAGGACUCACAAAGAUGGAAAACCUUUCCAGUGUGCCAUCUGCGGAAAAGGUUUCACCAAGCAGAGCAACUUGACCGCCCACAGGACAAUUCAUACAGGGGAGAAACCCUUUCCCUGUGAACUGUGCGAUAAAUCUUUCAGGACCAAUGGUCAGUGGGUCAGCCACACCAGAACUCACAUAGGGGAGAAGACCUUUCCAUGCCCGACUUGUGGAAAAUGUUUUACCCAUAAAAACACACUCAACAGGCACAUGCAGAUUCACUCAAGUGGGAAAUCUUUGUCAUGUCUGACAUGUGGAAAACUUUUUGCCAGAAAAACUACCUUGAAUGUUCACGAGAGGAGUCACACGGGCGAGAAGCCGUAUAUCUGUAAAGUCUGCGGCAGUUCUUUCAAUUAUAGCUGGCAUUUGUCUAAUCAUGAAAUGAUUCACACAGGCGAAAAGCCGUUCUCAUGCGUGACCUGUGGAAAGAAUUUCAGGGAGAAAGGAAGUUUAAAAACACACAUCAGAGUUCAUACGGGUGAAAGACCUUUCGUCUGUCGCGUUUGUGGAAAAGGUUUUGCUCAGAAGUAUAAUCUCACAGUUCACAUGAGGACGCACACAGGAGAGAAGCCGUAUUCUUGCAAAGCAUGUGGUAAAUGUUUCAGUGACAACAGUCAUUUCAGGCAACACAUAAGGUCUCGAAAAGAUGAAAAGCAUCUUGGGUGAUAGGAACUCAAUCCGUCAAGCAAUAAUCUCUAGAAACCCAGCAGUGGGGCUCAAAGGUUGAAAUUUUUACCAAUCAUGCUAAAGUUUUACUGAUAUUGAAAUCUUAAAAUGGGAAGUGUUAGGAUCGUACGAUGGAAUAUAAGGGCCAGGCUAGCAAAAAUGGAUAUGAGAAUAAGGUUGUUAUUGCACAAUAAAGUUGCAAUAAUAUGAGAACAGCCAUAAGAAUAGAGUAGAGUGAUUAUAUUCAGAUUAGUCAGAUUACCAGAAUGAGGUUGUCUUUUAGGGGAAUGAAGCAGGAAAGUGUUAGAAACGUACGAUGGAACAGUAAUAAUUUUAUUAGAAUUCCUUCCUGAAACAUAACUAAAAUGAGGAAUGUCUUGUGAAGUUAUACUUUGGUUUCAGUUUUAUAAAAAUGAAAUACUUGAUUUUUAAGCAUUAAAUUAUUCUCAGUAGAUUGAAGCAACCAUGCAAAUGACUGAGUUUAUUUCAGAGAAAGUUCCACAUCGACUUGCUGGGUUGAUCAUGUCAGAUCUUGAUAAUUUUGCUGUCAUUAAAACAAAUUUUUCCCGUAAUAUUCAAUAUCCUCUUUGUUUAACACAUAUGACGACCUUAUUCUUGUGAUUUCAAAAAAGAAAAUCGGACCUUGCCCUUUAAGGUCUACUGAACUUCCUACUCUAAGAAUGUUAUUGCUGGUCAGCUCAGAGUAAAGGAUUGUGUCUGGGCAGCGAUAAAUUAGUUUAGGAUUCAGAUAUCGAUUUAUUUUAUUGGUUUGAUGUGUUUUCAAAUCGCUAAAUCCUAUUUUUCCUUUUGAAUAUUCAACCAUUUCAUUGCUUGAUUAACUUUUCCAAUGGACCGUUUCAAAGCAGAGUACUAAGUUUAUUGUGCAGAGCUGAUUAGAUGGAUAGAGUAGGGAUGCAACUAACAAUUAUUUUAAUAGUAAACUAAUCUAUUGGUUAUUUUUUCUUUUUUUAGAAUCUCCAUCACUUUAUGCGACUGAAACUCACUUAUGUCGCUUGUAAAAAUGUUUUUACUCUACGACUCACUGUUGUUCUAGUUUACACACCAUGACACCACUUCUCUUUGCAAAGAAAAGAAAAUGUAAAUUUAAACUUUAACUGACUUUAUUUUAAACAAAAAAUAUAUAUUUACAUCUGAUAGCAGUGAGCUGAAUUAUUUUCACACCUUGAAGAGUGGGUAUAAUAACUUACAACUGAUCUUUGCUUCAAAACAUUUAAUGAUUAAAUGAGUAAAUAAAAAAACUUUUUUCCCAAGCCAUCUUCAAAACACUAGUUUCCCCCAAACAGUUAGUUAUUCCUACAUCGGUCCAGCGCAUGCAGCCAUCCCAAUGCUGCAUGUUUAAAAAUCCACAUUUAGCCCUCUCUUUUGCUACUUCUACUUUGUUUAAAUUCACUUAUUAGCAAAAACAAGCAAAUGAGUUGCUAACCUUUUGCUUAAACUUAACUCACCCUGCAGAAACGGCUGCAGGUGCUUUCAUGCCUUGCCGUCUGUUGUAAGGUCUGCAUUUGACCCGUUUCCCUGAUUGAUUCCUUAUUAGCUUUUAGACUGAUAUUGUACUAAAUCCCAUCCUGAACUGUGACUUUGCUGCAUUGUUGUUUUCUAUUAUUUGACUAUUAUAAAUGAGUUUCUAAGUUUAUUUCUUUUUCCUUUUGUGUAGUCGUCAGGUUGCAUGUUGAUAACUUUGAGUUUGGCUCAAUAUUUUGACUUUAAGGUUAAACUAUUGUGUUAAUAAAUUUCUACGCUUUAGAGAAACGUUAUUUGUGCUUAUUCUGGGUAUGUGUCACGUGAUGCAUCAGGUGCAAGAUGUCUCUCUGCAUAACAAAGAGAAACCGCUUCCUGGAGAACCACAGCAACACAAAUGAAGAACAGAAGGACAGUAAUGCUUUUCCCAAUAAAAUGAUGACCUUG